AAAAAAAUAUAUAUCAUUCGAAGUUACUGCAUUGUAGACAUGUGUAUGUCUCCAAUCCGGGAAGAUGGAGUGCGUUUCAAAGAUGUGUGCAAUGCCAAAGUGCGCUAGGGGAAGACAACCAGUAUCUAGACCCGACCAGUGCUGCCUCGUGUGUCCAGCUAUUGCAGAGGAACCAAAGCCCCGAAUUUACUGCCCAACACACGUCGUCCAUGUAAAUACCUCCUACUAUACUAACAUGGAAUUGUUAGAUGACACCAAAACAUCUGUAGCUGCAUUCAAUCAUGUCGGUGUAAAUCUGCAGGUAAAUUACAGUCCACCUAUUGUUCACCAUUGUGAAUGUGACAAGCCACGUGACCACGUGACAACAGUGGAAGCAUACGCCUCAGAUCAAUUUGGCAACGUUGCUACAUGCUCGUUCCAAGUUGUUGUUAGAGAUAUAUAUGCUCCCGUGAUCUUCUCUUGUCCAGAAGAUGUUUAUGUGUUCGAGAACGAGGCUGUAAAAUGGCUCGAACCAAAUGCAUCUGAUAAUGUUGGAAUAGCUAGCAAAUCUUGUACCAGUUUGAGGAACGGGGCACGAUUUCCUGUCGGAGAUCACAGGAUAACGUGUAACACACUUGACUUUGAUGGUAACAUGGCGUCUUGUAACUUCCAUGUUUCUGUUACCAGAAAAGACACCCCAUUGGAAGAUAUGCCUCAAGAAAUAAGAGAUCGAUCGACUGGAGAGGUGCAAAUGGUGCUACGUAUUAUAUUGCCUUCUAUCUUUGGUACAAUUGUCCUGGCAGUCUUGGCUCUGCUACUGCUGUUCCUAUGCAGACGAAAAUAUCUGUUAGUCAUGUCCAAGAAGAAACCUCCAAAACAUCCGAAGACAAAAAAAAAUUACGCAGAACCGGAUGCUAUCCGGUCAACAAAGUCAUCGUUUAAAUGCAAACGAUCGUCCGUGUUGACAUAUUCCUCCUCCGUGUCACCCAGAGACUCUGUUGGACGCGCUUUAGCGUUUAAAAGCAACCCUUAUGCGGUCCCAGGAGAUAUUGGUAUCAGACCACCAUCAUACUCAUCAUAUGAAGGUUACAGUCCAUUCCCAUACAGUGUUUCUGGUAGCGCGAAGGACACCACGCACAUGCCUUUGCCCGUUCCAGCAUACAAUGAUCCAAAUUAUGAAACCCUGAGCGUCCAUAUGUCGAGCGUGUCCGGGCGUUCCGCAAGAUACGUCAAGGUCGAGUAAAGCAAAUUCAACAAACUCAUCACGAAGUCCAAACCCAGGAAUAAUCAAGGCGACAAAAUUAAUCUCCAGGGUUUAAGCACUAUGCUUUUUUUUUACAUUAAUUCCAAUAAGAGCUCUUUGUAAAUAUCGUUUGACUUUAAUAAAAUAAUAAAAAAGAAAAGCGUGAGUAAGAAAUAGAGUUCAACUGAAGUAGAAAUAAAUUAAAAGAGGGAUUUAUCAUAUAUAUCUUAUAGUAUAGGUUAUAUUUACUCAAGACAUUAGAUGCGGUCAUUUUAGUUGUUUUUUGUUUACUAUCUUAUUUUAAUAGCUUAUAAGCUUUUAUGUAAAACUUUUUAUUUAGAAUUUACUGUAACUGGUUCUAUGAUAUUUGUCUUAUAAUUGCGCACAGAAUGUUUAACUUCAAUGAAAUCCCAACCACCAUUAUUGUGUUAUCUGUAAGGACUACAUACAGUCAGUCGAACAAUUUAGCAUUUGGAAUUCAGAAUCUGAAGAAUUUAAGUGACUGUUCAAAAUUGAAAGUCUAGCAGAUCCAUUGCAUACAGUUUGAUUAUUGAUACUAGUAGUAUGUUUGUAUUGAUAAAUCAUGCCUUAAAAUGAUGUCUUUUGUCGAAUGUUUAAGGUCGUUGGCUUCAAACUACUUGCCCCUCAUCGUCUUUGGUUAGAAUCCAAACAGUAAUAGAAAGUAAUUAAUCUAGCUAACGGAAAGUCGGUGGUUAUGUUCAGGAGCCCGUUUGUGCAUGAAGUAAUGCACGAGGUCUUCCUCCACCAGUAAGGCUGGGAAGACGCCAUGUGACAUAUACUGCAUUUGGUGCGACGUGAAACCUAACAAACAAAUGCGGUUAGAUGUAACGAGUAAAAUUGUCGAAAGCAACUGUUUAACUUCUGGUCUGGUUUUUAUAAACAAAAUGUAUUGUGUAUUAAGUUCUAGUUUUAUCUGGGAAAUCUUGUGUCAUGGUGUUUGGCAAAUCUUAUAUAAUCCUUUUUAAAAUUGAUGAUUUUUGUCAACAUUUAAAUGAAGUUUUAUACCUGUAAUAUUUUUGGCGGCAGUAGUUUUCAUAAGUGUACUUUGUUUACUUAUAUCAUUUUGCUGUACAUGGGUUUAUAAACUUGUAUAUAUAUAUAUAUUGUUAUAUAUUGUUAUCUGUUUGCUUCAUAAUAAAUGUAUUUAGGAAUAAAAAUAAAAUGUC